GCUUGGAUGCUGUUGUCUUUCUUUGUUAUGAUGCAUAACAUUUGUGUUUCGUGUUUGUGGGUUGUUUAAUUUGUGGUUUUGUUGAAACGCGCUGUUAUGUUCGCUUUCUGAGCAGUCUCAUCGAAUCGAUUAGCCUAAUGUGGGACUGCGCAGUGAUUGGCUGCCCGAACAGCAGAUUCAAUGCACAGAAAACGCGACCCCGAAUCUCGUUCCAUGUGUUUCCGCAUCCCGUGCGCGAAUCGAAUCGCUUCCGACGAUGGCUCGCUCUCAUCAACAAUCCGCGCCUGUUCCGGCUGGACCCGCUGAACGUGUUCAAGAGUGUGCGAGUGUGCCGUCGCCACUUUGGACCGGAUUGCUUCAACGGCGUGUGCCGUAACCUGCUGCCGACGGCCAUUCCCACGCUGAACCUGCCCGAGGUACGGCCCGUAGCCUUGGUGCAGCCGAUGGAUGCGAUGGGCGACGAGCUGGAACGAUUGCUGCGCGACGAACGCAGACAGCAGCUGAAACGUCACGGCGCAGUCGAGCCACCGUUUGGCGGCGAGGAGGACGAGAGUGGCAAACGGCAAAAGAUCGGCAUUACGCUGCUCUCCGCGGAUUGUGAAGACGUGGAAUGCAAUCUUGGCGAUCGGUUCAUCGAUCGGAUCAUUUCGUUUGAUGCAGAGCAAGAGUAUGGCGAUGGCCCACUGGCCGGCGAAUCUUACGGACUGACCAGCUUCUCCGGUAUGGUUGUAAAGGCGUCCGAGCUGGAAACGCUAAACCAGGUAGAGAUACUCAACGAGCCACCUGAGACACUGCUGAACGACUCACCGUCCGCAAGGGAUCAUGUGCGAAUGUCCAAUGAAAAGGGAUGCGAACAGCUCGUACAGGAAUCUACCAGUGAGACUAGUAAUGAGGACCAGGAGACUGAACAGCAUUCACUGCUCACCGAGACAAGUGGUACCAAAACAGAGGGCAAAACGUCGCUAGCAGAUUAUGCCAACAAGCGGACAACUGUGCUGGCGUAUCCCAAAGCUCCACUCAACGAAGAGUUCUUCCAGAAGUGUCGCAACGACUUCUACGACUGCCCAAAGAACGUGCUGGCGCAGAAUGUAUGCACGCGGAUAGAUCCGUUCGAUGCGUGUCUGUCGCGCAAAUCGCUGGAGAAUACGCAGCACGUAUUUACGUACAAGAUCGAGAACGAAGGCAAACCGCUGACGAACCAGAAAAGCUCGGGACGCUGCUGGCUGUUUGCGGCCCUCAACUGCAUUCGCAUCCCGUUCAUCAAGCAGUACAAUCUGGACGAGUUUGAGUUCUCACAGGCGUACCUGUUCUACUGGGACAAGAUCGAGCGUGCGAACUACUUCCUAAACAAUGUGGUCGACACGGCUAAGCGUGGCGAACCGGUCGACGGUCGGCUGGUGUCCUUUUUGCUGUCCGAUCCGACCUGUGACGGUGGCCAGUGGGACAUGCUGGUGAACUUGAUCAACAAGCACGGAUUGAUGCCGAAAAAAUGCUUCCCGGAGAGUUACAGCUGCGAGGCAAGCACGCGGAUGAAUUCGGUCGUCAAAAGCAAGCUCCGUGAGUACGCAAAGGAUCUGCGAAAGCUCAUCGACAACGGUGCAACGGACGACGAGGUGAAGGAGCGAAUGAAGAAGCAGAUGAACGAGGUGUACAACAUUGUGGGCAUUUGUUUGGGCAUUCCGCCGGAGAAGUUCACCUGGGAGUACUACGACAAGUCGAAGAAGUACCUUAACAUUGGCCCGAUCCGUCCGAUCGAUUUCUACGAGAAGUACGUCAAGCCGUACUUCAACGUCGACGACAAGGUGUGCCUGGUGACGGACCCGCGCUCGUCGAAUCUGUACGGCCGCUCCUACACGGUCGACUGUCUCGGCAAUGUGGUCGGUGGCCGGCCCGUGCUGUACAACAACCAGCCGGUGGAGCUGCUGCUCGAUCUGGUCACGAAAGCGCUCAAGUUUGGCGAACCGGUCUGGUUCGGGUGCGAGGUGAACAAGCGCUUCGCGGGCAAACAAGGCAUCGAAGAUUUGGACAUCCAUGACUUCAAGCUGGUCUUUGGAGUGGACAUUCAGACGACGAUGGAAAAGGCUGACCGACUGCUGUACGGCGAGUCGAUGAUGACGCACGCCAUGGUGUUUACCGGAGUGUCGGUUGAUCCCAACAGCCAAAAGCCGACCAAGUUCCGGGUGGAAAACUCGUGGGGCGAGGACCGUGGCGAGAAGGGUUACCUAAUAAUGACGGCCGAGUGGUUCAAGGAGUUUGUGUUCGAGGUGGUCGUCGAUCGCAGCAUAGUGAGCCAGGACGUGCUGGACGUGUUUGAUCUCCCGCCAAUCGUGCUGCCCGCCUGGGAUCCCAUGGGCACGCUGGCAAAGUAAGCAGGGUAACGUUGUGAAGCUGCUACUGCGGCUGACGAUCGGGCAAGGGGGUGUUGAUACAUUUGGGGUUGGAAUUCAGUCCACUAUCAUUACUUUAGAAAAA